UGUGUGUGUGUGUUUAUGUUAUUGUUGGCUAGUGUCAAACGGUAUGGGGCUGGCUGGUCAUUCGAAUUUUGGAAAAUCAUUCAGCAGCAAGUAGAGGCCAACGGAAGCCGUCCCGGAGACGCGAUGGCAAAAUUCGACCAGCUCCUUCAGCUGUCGCAGAACCACUCCUUUGCAAGUUCGGAUUUGCUGCCACACCAAACGACUGAGCGCGAUGAGAACGAACGUUUGCUGUUGCACUGGGCAGCCAAGGCCGGUAAUGCUAGGAUGGUCGAGUUGCUGCUGUCCAGACACCCUGAGCAGCUAGAGGCACAGGAUGACAUGGGCUACACACCGCUAGUGCUGGCGGCACUGUGUGGUCACCGGACCGUGGUCGAUCUGCUGGUAGCAGCGGGUGCCAACCUAAACCACUGCACCAAACGGGGCCAUUCGGCGUUGCAGUACUGUUGUUCGCGGGGACACCUAGGCAUCGCAACGUACCUGCUUGAGGCCGGUGCCGAGGUCAAUAUUGCCGAUCGGCUGCGUGAAACACCGCUGCACCGGGCCGUUGUGAUGGGGCACACCGCGAUCGUGCAGCUGCUGCUGGAUAACGGCGCCGAUAUCAACGCAAUCAACUCGACCGGUAACACACCGUUGCAUCUGGCGUGCAGUGAGGGACAAACCGGAUGCGCUUUAGCGCUGCUACGUCGUGGAGCGCGCAAAGACACUGGCAACAGUGACGGUGCGCUACCGCUCCAGCUGGCACCGCGCGAAAUCCAGCGCGCUCUCACCGAGGCAAUGAGUCGCCGGAACGAUGGUUAAAGGUCUAGGGAACCGUAUUGCGGUUCUUUGCUUCAUUCCAUUUAUCGCCCGCCCGCCUUUGUACACAUAAACAACAAGCUACCGUAGUUAGGCAAAUAAACGCAUGUUUGCCUAAUCUUGCGCAAAUUCUGAUUAAUAA